GCCAAUUUCAUUUUGGUCGAAAGUUCAAAAUGAGUUCGUCUUAUUCUCUGUGUUUACUCGUUCUUCUGCCAUUGGCAUUGAUUUCUAGCUCACAUGAGAAGCUCCAUGCUUCUUGUAAGAUUCAUUGGAAAUGGAGUCUCAACUGCACUACUGUGAAUGAGUUGAUAAUCUCUCAGAUCAAGGCUUGGAAUGGUGAGAAGGGCUGCGACCAAGGAGGUGAAAAGUGUUUGUACAAUCUCAAAGAGUCAAGCCCAGACAUGAUCAAAGCUACGCAUGAAACACCAAAGAAACAUUAUGUUGAUGAUUUGACAUUCAACUUUACUAAGUCAAGUGAAGGCUGCGCUGUAGAGGGUUUCUCUACUUCUGAAGUGUGGUAUGCAGUCCUUGACUAUGGGACAAACUAUUGCAAUCUGCACAACUUGAUAACAGGCUCAAAACUUGACAAAGCUGCAGGUUAUGUUGAAGAAACAAGUGAUAGCAUUUGCACACAGUACUCAUCCAGAAACUGUGACAAAUAUUGAAUACCAUUCCUUGUGGAGAGAAUUAUGAAUAUUGCUUGGAUGGUCAGGAAAAAAUAUAUACAAAAAAAUACAUGAGAUUGUUGAAAAUUAUUUACAGGAGUAAUUCUACUGUAAUAAAAUGAUCAAAUAGUUUUAUAGAACCAAAUUGAAAUGUGUGUGGAGAAAAUGUAACAGCAUUCUGUAACAUAUUCAAAGUUUAACUACCAUAAUCAAGUAGUGAUGUGUUGACACUCAUACGAAGUCGAUACUAAGCUCCAGUACUACAUUAUUGCAAGAAUUUUUUUUUUAACACUGUUUUUAUAAUUUAAUUUUUGGACUUCAUUGUGAAACAAUAAAAUGUAAAAUUCA